AUGGCCGGGGAGAAGGCACCGCGCGCGUUCUCCAUCGAGGAGCUUCCGGGCCACCUCAUCGGAGAGGUCCUGACCUCGGGCGGGCUCGCCGCCGCCGACCUCGCCAGGCUCGAGGCCACCUGCCGCGCGCUCAGGCCGCUCGCCGAGUACGCCGCGUCCAAGCUCUGCGCCGCGCGGGCCGCGUUCGCGGCCAUGGGGCCCGCCGCCCGGGGGGAGCUACUGGAGAGGUGCGGGGGAAGCUGGAAAAAGGUGCUCAGGUUCCUGCAGUCCGUCGAGCAGUCGUCAGGCACGGUCGAGACCUCAUCGGGCAGCAUGCAAGUAGCCACAGGAAGAUAUCACACACUUUUGGUCCAUGACUCUUCUGUCUAUUCUUGUGGGUCCAGCUUGUGUGGUGUGCUAGGUCAUGGCCCAGAUACUACACAGUGUGCGGCAUUCAGUCGGGUUUCGUUCCCAUCACUUUCUCGUGUUAUAAACAUCUCUGCUUCACACAAUCAUGCUGCUUUCGUUACAGAGUCUGGGGAGGUUUUCACCUGUGGUGAUAAUUCAUCAUUAUGCUGUGGUCAUGGCGAAGUGGGGAGAACUAUAUUUCGACCAAUGCAAGUAGAAGCUCUUAAAGGGAUUCCCUGCAAGCAGGUUGCUACUGGUCUAAGUUUUACUGUGAUUCUUACAAGGGAUGGACAAGUAUACACUUGUGGAAGUAAUACACAUGGCCAACUUGGUCAUGGUGACACCAUAGACAGGGCCACUCCAAAGCUUAUUGAGUUGUUUGAAGGCCCCACUCAGGUGGUGCAGAUUGCAGCCGGUGCAAGCUACACGUUUGCUGUAACAGAUGAUGGAACAGUUCAUUCCUUUGGGUCUUGCACUAAUUUCUGCCUUGGACAUGGGGAUCAGCACGACGAACUUCUCCCUCGUGCAGUCCAAUCAUUUAAGAGGAGGAACAUUCAUGUAGUCCGUGUUUCUGCUGGAGAUGAGCAUGCUGUGGCUCUUGAUGCACUAGGAUACGUUUAUACUUGGGGCAGAGGAUACUGUGGAGCCUUAGGUCAUGGUGAUGAGAAUGAUAAAACUAGCCCAGAGUUGAUCAGCAGCUUGAAGGGCCAAGUUGCUGUGCAGGUAUGUGCAAGGAAGAGAAAGACCUUUGUGCUCACAAACGAGGGCUCAGUCGUAGCAUUUGGAUGGAUGGGCUUUGGGAGUUUAGGGUUUUCUGACCGAGGAUCAUCGGACAAAGUAAUGAGGCCCCGCGUUCUUGAGAGCCUGCAGGAUCACUACGUUUCCCAAAUAAGCACUGGACUGUAUCACACUGUUGCAGUUACAAAUAAGGGCAUUGUAUUCGGGUUCGGGGACAAUGAACGAGCACAACUUGGGCAGGAGUACAUUCGUGGGUGUUUAAAACCUACUGAGAUAAUGUUCCAAAAGAGUAUGGAAGACAUACCAAUUGCGGCGCCUAGUGGUUAA